AUCUAAGAAGGUUCUCAAUUUCCAGAUCGUGCUUUGGAACAUAAGAAUUUUCACAGUAAUUGUUCAUUUUUUGCAGGAAAAGAUUGCCAAAUAAUGGAAGAAAUAGACGCCCUGCAUAAAACAUAGAGAUCUACAUAUAUACACUGGCUGUUCUUUAGAGUGUUUGAUUGACUACUUUGGGCGACCCGCAUACUUGUGGACCACGGAAGCCAUCUAACGCGGUCCUCCUUUCCAUCUACAGUAAUACAAGGUACCAUAAAAAAGCACACAGUGCAUGCUAGCAUUUGGGCCAAUGCGCUUUGUUUUUUAUGCGGGUAGAAUUGGAUUCAACUCUCUUGGCAACGUUGCUCGUGGAAACAAGAUAAUUCUGGACGAACACAUGUCAACUAUAGAGAGAGGGUAUCACGAAGAAUGCCCAUAGAAAGUGGGAAGUGUUUGUGCGGCAGGUUUUUCUUCAGCUAGGCAUUGCUUCAUAGAAACCACUAGUUGUAUCAUGAAUAGAUACACUGUUGUAACUGGCGCUGUAUAGGAGUACUCAUUUCAGGGAGUCCUCAGAUCUGUCAUUCCGACGUUCGCUCAAUAUCCAGGUCCUAAAUUAGUAGGGUGGCUUGAAGAACUUGUCCAUUGGUGCGAGCCCAGCAUCUUGCCGCAUCCACUAUUCUGCUGAGAACUUGGGCACAGCUGCAUCUUGUUCCUGUGUUACUAGUAAAGAUCUUUCCAUUCCUCUAUUUCCAAAGCAUCCAGAUGACUAGGGGGCUGGUGGCCUUCCAAGUUCUUCGCUGUGGACGUGGCGACGCACCUUCAGUUGUCACUGGAGUCAGUGCGAAACGAAGGCACACCGAAACCGAAACGAAGGCACACCAAAAGUGCGAAAGGCAAGUGCUGGUGCUGGAGAAUAAAAGGGGAGAAGCAGGUAACCUAACCCACCAUUUCACUGAACUUUCUUUGGUUUUGACGUGCUAAACUAACAGCAGGCCUAUCACAAUGAGAGGGUAGUUUCUCUGAGGCUACAUGCUAUUGCAAGUGCAAGGGACUAACACAAACAGGGUUGUUUCUUCUAUUCACUGACUAUUGGCCCGCGUACCACUAACUGCUGAGAGAUAUCUAUGUCAGCAUGUUUGUUGGCGAGUAAUUCUAUAACAUGAAUGGGCCUGUCAGCUGUGUAUAUUUUGGCGGUACAGCCUACGCUACUUGCACAUAAUUCAUAGAUUAAUUAGGCCACUUGCACAUGUUUUAUUGAUUAAUGAGCUAUCAAGAGUGGUUACAGUUUAGUUUUUCAAGGAGUCCAACUCAGCGUUAACUUAAUUAUACAGGAUUAGAUCUGGGGUUAUCUUCCUGGCCUGCUACUUUUGGAGACUUCUGCGUCUCAUUUGCAAUAGCAUCUCCGCCAACCUUGCAUCCGCCCUCCUUCAUUUGCAAUAGCAUCUCCGCGAACCUUUCAUCCGCCUUCCUUCAUUUGCAUUAGCAUCUCUGGGAACCUUGCAUCCGCCUUCCUCACUGUGCCGCUGCAACAACUCUGCUUCUGAGGUUGAUCAUCCGUGUAAGCUUCAAGACCAUUCCUUUGAUAUUUUCACAUGCCUUCUUUUUCUUGGAAAAGGAAGCCUUUUAUUGAAUCUCUUGGAGAAGUAUCUAGGCGAUGUUUUCACUUGUUACUUUUGCAUCUAGAAAUACUACUGUCCACACAAAAGAUGGAAAAAAAGAUCUUAUAAUGAGCUAUCAAGAGUGUUACAGUUUAGUUUUUCAGAGAGUCCAACUAUCAGCUGAACUUAAUUAUACAGGAUCAGACCUGGGGUUAUCUUGCUAACCUGCUCUUUGGAGACUUCUGCGUCUCGUUUGCAAUAGCACAACACUAGCUCGAACCUGCAUCUCCGGCAACUUUGCAUCGCCUUCCUCGACACGCUGUGCUCUGACAACUCUGCUUCCAAGCUCCAACAUCCGUGUUUUUCAUCCACUGCUGCCUUCACCACCUGUUUGGCCCUCCAGAAGCACUUCUAUUGCUCAAUUUCAUUUCCUCAGAUCAAUCCAUUAUACCCAAAAAAACAAAAAGCAGUCCACUUCUAUUGCGCGUUAUUCAUUUCGUCAUAUAGAUCCAUUAUACCCAGAAAGAAAAAACAAAAAUCCAAAAGUAGGAACAAUUAUGUCCCGCCCUUGUACCCCUAAAUAAACACUUCAUCUCCUCCUGCAUCUCAUCAUCCAAGUUACCCCCACCCGAAGAAAAGGAAAAAAUCUGUUUCCGGAGUUCUUUUACCUGUUUCCAUCGUUUGGCAGUUAAAAUCUUCCAAAGUUUCCUCUAUUUCGUGUCCUUACACUACACCUAAGAUCUGUACAUUGUCAAAAUCAGCCCAAAAACAUCCCAAAAAAGCUGCAGCUCCAUGACGGCGGCGGUGCUGGCUGUCUUACAAAUGGUGGCAUCGCCGAUCCUGAAGAAGCUCCUCACUGGUACUCCGACGUACCUCGGGGUCGACAUGGCGAGUGAGCUCCAUGAACUGGAGACCACAAUAAUGCCACAGUUCGAGCUGAUGAUUGAAGCAGCUGACAAGAGCAACCACAGGGCUAAGCUGGACAAAUGGAUCCAAGACCUCAAACAAGCUUUCUUCAAGGCAGAAGACUUGUUGGAUGAUCAUGAGUACAGCCGCCUUGAGCGCAAAGCCAAGAGCGGGAAGGAUCCGUUGCUACCGCAUUCCUCCACCAGCAGCACUAUUCUAAAGCCUCUGCAUGCUGCAUCCAACCGGUUGUCCAAUCUGUCCUCCAACAACAGGAAGCUAAUUCGCCAGCUGAAUGAACUGAAGGCCAUUUUGGCGAAAGGCAAGGAGUUACGUGAUCUUCUUUGCUUAUCAGCUGGUAACACUGCAGAGGACCCUGUUGUACAAGCAGCCGUUGUUCCUCUGGCCACAUCAAUUCCACCUCCAAAAGUAAUAGGCCGUGACAAGGACCGCGACAAUAUAAUUGACCUUCUUACAAAACCGGUUGGUGUUGAGGCUGAUUCAGCUAUACAUUCGGGGUUGGCUAUUGUUGGAGCAGGAGGCAUGGGGAAAUCCACCUUGGCGCAGUAUGUUUACAAUGACGAGAGGAUACAAAAACAUUUUGAUGUCAGGAUGUGGGUGUGCAUCUCACGCAGACUUGAUGUCAAACGUCAUACACGGGAGAUUAUUGAAUCUGCGGUAAAGGGCGGAUACCCACAUGUUGAGAAUCUUGAUACUCUCCAAUGCAAAUUAAGGGACAUACUGCAAAACUCACAGAAAUUCCUGCUUGUCUUGGAUGAUGUCUGGUUUGGAAAAUCUGACGAGAUGGAAUGGGAGCAACUCCUGACUCCUUUAGUUUCUCAGCAGACUGGAAGCAAAGUUUUGAUAACUUCUCGUUCGAAUAUACUUCCAGCUUCUCUUUACUGCAAUAAGAUUGUUCCACUGGAGAACAUGGAAGAUGCCGAGUUCUUGGCACUCUUCCAAAACCAUACCUUUUCUGGAGCAGAAAUCAGAGAACAUAGUUUGCGUCAGAUGCUAGAAGUGAUUGCAGAGAAGCUUGCUACCAGAUUGGGACGAUCUCCUUUGGCAGCAAAAACUGUGGGUUUGCAGCUGAGCAGGAAAAAGGAUAUCGCAUCAUGGAAAGAUGCUCUAAAGAAGGACAACUUAAGUGAUCCCGCGAAAGCUCUGUCGUGGAGUUAUGAUAAGUUAGAUCCGCGUUUGCAGAGAUGUUUUCUAUAUUGCAGCUUAUAUCCAAAAGGCUAUCGAUAUGGCAUGAGGGAGUUGGUUCACCUGUGGAUGGCAGAGGGAUUUAUUGAUUCGUGCAACGAGAACAAAAGAGUGGAAGAUAUUGGAAAGGAUUGCUUCAGUGAGAUGGUCUCAGUUUCAUUCUUUCAACCAAUUGGCCAUGGAUUUCGUACAUACUAUGUUAUGCAUGAUCUUAUUCAUGAUUUGGCAGAGUCACUCUCUAAAGAGCACUGCUUCAGAUUAGAAGAUGAGAAGGUGGCAGACAUACCAUGCACUGUUCGACAUUUAUCUGUUCGUGUUGAGAGUAUGAUACAGCAUAAGCAAAGCAUUUGCAAGCUACAUCAUUUGCGUACUAUUAUCUGCAUUGACCCAGUUAAAGAUGAUGUAAGUGAUGUUUUUACUGAGAUAUUGCGGAAUUCCAAGUUGCGUGUACUAUAUCUGUCAUUAUACAACAGUAGCAAGUUGCCAGGAUCAAUUGAUGAGCUGAAGCAUCUUAGGUAUUUAAACAUCAUCAACACGUCAAUUUCUGAAUUGCCAAGAUCAUUAUGUACUCUUUACCACUUACAGUUCCUUAAGUUAAGUCUCGAAGUUAAGAGUUUGCCCGACAAACUCUGCAAUUUAAAUAAGCUGUGGUAUCUUGAAAGGCACGGGAGUUGGAUUAAUUAUCCAUACAACACUACUCUGCCUCAAGUCCCCAACAUAGGCAAGCUAACUUUGCUCCAACAACUUUAUAACUUCUCUGCAGAAAAGCAGAAGGGAUAUGAGUUGCGGCAGCUGAGGGGCAUGAACGAGCUUGGUGGCUGUUUAAAUGUUACAAAUCUUGAAAAUGUCACUGCAAAGGAUGAAGCUUUAGAGUCGAACCUACACCGGAAAAUUCAUCUUGAAAGUUUGCACCUAGGCUGGAGUUAUAUGGAUGACAUAAAUGUAGAGGACAAUUUACACUUGGAGAUUCUGGAAGGCUUGAUGCCACCGCCCCGACUUAGGGGCCUCACAAUCCAAGGUUACAGAUCGGCGAAAUAUCCAGGUUGGUUUCUUCAGGAUUCAUAUUUUGAGAAUCUGGAAACCUUUGAGCUUGCUAAUUGCACUGCGUUACAAGGCCUACCAACCAAUGCAGAACUAUUGGGGAAUUGCUGCUCACUUCACCUCAGGAAUGUGCCAAAACUAAAGACAUUACCUUGUCUUCCAGCAGGUCUUAAAGAGUUAUCAAUUUCCAAGUGUCCACUGCUUAUAUUUGUUUCCAGUGAUGAACCAGAACAACAUGAUCAGUUGGAGAACAUCAUGAAUAUAGACCAAUUGGCAUCAAACCUUCCUUUGAUAACGCAUGUGGGUCCAGUAUCAAAAACACGCGACAUAAUAGCAUCGGAAUUUUCAUCUCUAGAGCAGUUGAUGGCAUUGAUGGAUGUGGAUAUGUCACGUAUUGAAAACAUUAGAAGUGUUAUAGAGAGAGAGGAAUUUGUGAUAGAGGAUAGCAUCAAUGCAUGGAUAUGUUGCCACAAGGAGAGGAUGGGACUCAUUUAUGGAAGAAGCAUCAGGCUGCCUCUGGUUCCACCAUCAGAGCUUACCAAGCUUUAUCUUUCUUCAUGCAGUAUUACAGAUGGGGCAUUAGCUGUUUGCCUUAAUGGUCUCACUUCACUGAGAAGUUUGGCCCUAAUUAAGAUCAUGACUUUGACUACACUUCCAUCGCAAGAGGUCUUCCAACAUUUGACAAUGCUUGGUGACCUGGAAAUCAAGUCUUGUUGGUGUCUCAGGUCAUUAGGGGGCUUACGAGCUGCUACCUCCCUUUCAGAUGUUAGAUUGUAUUCCUGCCCUUCUCUAGACUUGGCACGUGGAGAUGAAAUGCCAUUAUCUGCUGAGGAGCUCAUUAUAUUCUACUGUGUGGUUGCAGCUAAUUUCUUCAGUAGUGGUCUGCAGCACCUGAGAUGGCUUAACAUGGUUGGCUGCAGAAGCCUUGCAUCCUUGUCAAUCGGUCAUUUGACCUCCCUUGCAAAAUUAGAACUAGUAGAUCUCCCGGAUCUGUGCUUUAUUGAAGGACUGUCUUCCCUGAAACUUCACCUUGUAAGUUUAAAGGAUGUUCCGAAGCUCAACGCGAAGUGCAUCUCACAGUUUCGGGUGCAGAACACACUCUUUGUUAGCAGCCCUUUGAUACUUAACCACAUGCUCUCGGCUAAAGGUUUUAUAGUUCCAGAAGUUCUCUUUCUUCGUAAUUGCAAAGAGCCAUCCGUUUCAUUUGAAGAAUCUGCAAACUUCUCAUCCCUGCGGCACCUGUAUUUAAAAGAAUGUGAAAUGGUGUCCUUGCCAGGAAAUCUCAAGUGCCUGACCAGUCUGACACGACUUGAUAUCCUCGAAUGUCCCAACAUAUCAUCUUUACCUGAUCUGCCAUCCUCCCUCCAACAUAUACGUGUUCGUGGUUGUGAGCGCUUGAAGGAGAGCUGCCAAGCACUUGGAGAAAGCUGGCCAAAGAUUGCGAGUAUCCGCUGCAAGGAAUUCAUAUGAAUUAUGAUUUCAGAUUCACACCUAUAAAUAAAUGCAAAGGCUCAGACUGCCAGAUCACAUGGACGUCCUCUGAUGUCCUCUCUGGCAGGCUUCAGCUCUCGCCGGCUCCCCGUGUCGCGCAACUGCAACUGGAACCGUGCACCUCUACCGCCGACCUCACCGGUAGGGCCUGGCGCCGCCGGCUCCAUUACAGCUCAAGCCAAGGACCAUUAGUCGUAUGCACAGCAGGAAGGCGAGAUGGGAUGCGGCCACCGGAGACCGCCGUGGUGAUCUCCUGCGACACAAGGACGGAGAAGCCACCGCCGGGAGGAGGACCACGAGUCCACGACCCUCAAAGGAGAGCAAGGAGCUUCCGUGGAGCGUCCGUUAAUGCAUUGGUCGGAUCAAUUUCAUGGACAUCUCAAAUGCUAGGCCUGUAUAUAUGGACUGAUUUAUUUUUAUUUUGAAAUAAUUAACUUCCUUUUGAAUUAGAUUUGGUGGAGACCAUAUGACCUUUACUUUUGAAGGCAAUCAUGCCACCGGUUUGCAAAUUAUAUUGUCAUGGAUUUUCCUAUAGAUCCAAGUCCAGUGGAGUCAUACACUAUUCCUGUUCAUAGCUGUCAUCAGAACUGAUGGCACUACGAAAGUACAGUGCUGGUGAUGGAGAAUAAAUCUUUCUUUUUUACAAAAAAUAGGAUCCCGCAGGCUCCCGGUUCCAUCGCAUCUAUGAAACCAGGGGUACAGGUCCAUAGUGCUCGGGGUAAUACGCAUACGAGAGUAGGCACCAGGCAGCGACCGAGAAGUACAAUCUUCUGAACUCUGAUACAGGCCAGCAAACGGCGAGCAAGAGAGCAAGCGACAAAAGAGUCCUAGCAGACUGCACCAAACACUCAAGCUGACAUCAGUGAUGGAUGGAACCAGCUGCUGCAGUUCACUAGGGUGCGACGCCGAUCUUCACCGGUGCCGUUCACCAGAAGCAUCAAAUCCAGGUGAUUCUAAGCGGCUCGCAUCGACAACGAUCCCCUGCUCGGAUCUGACACAAAGGCCAGUGCUGGCGACGGAGAAUAAAAUGGGAGCUGAGAUAUACUUUGAUAUCAGAAGACUUCUGGAGCGCUAAGUUCCACAAUUCUGUACAAUACUGUAGCCGGACUUCCGUAGUUUAUGCUGAAAGUCUGAUGUGAAGCAGCUCUGAAUCAUUUUAGGAGGUUCAGCAUAUCCACAGCUCACUGUCCAGCUUUUAACCCAUUGCCAGUCACAUCCUCAUGUGACCAAUACAAAUCUGAAUACACCUACUAACGGUUGCAAGCCCUCACAGUCACAGCAGACCUUAACUUCUCAUCAAGCUCUGGCAGUCAUCGUGGAUCUAUGUCGAAAAAAGUCACCAUGAAUCGCUUGAUUUUGUGGCCAUUCAAUCCUACCUUGAAUCACUUUUGUGGCCACCCAGGUGGGGUCUUGCUUAGGGUAAAUGAAAACACUGCCGAAAUCCGGUCGAUUUCCGAUGGUGAGUUUCACGUUAAAUCCCAUCAUCGGAACCAAGAGUUA